UCCGAGGGGCGGGCGCUCACCUGUCGGAGCUGCCCUGGGUGGGGCGCGACCUCGCCUCAUUAGCGAGAGGCGGGUAGAUGGACGAGCUGUUUUGGCGUCACCAAAGUUUAACUUUUCAUUUUUUACAUACUUUUUUUCUUUUUUUUCUUUUUUUUCUUCUUGUUUUCUUGUUUUGUUUCUCCUUUCUUCUGGUUCCCUAUUCUUUCCCCUCGAGCUAUAGAGGUGGAGAGCUGCCGUACGAGUGCGUCACCUCUGCGUUCCGACCGGGCUGCGGGCGGAGCGAGCUGCGGGUGGUUCGGACCAGCCCUGCUCCGACUGCCGCCCCACGUUCGGCGGCGGGCGCAGAGCCGCGCGUGAUUCCUCUGGAGCAGGAGGCAGCCUGGCCUCGCUCCCUGCCUCUCCUCUCGGUGCUUCCCUCGCUCGCGGUGCCCAGAGCGGCUCCAGGUGUGAGCUAUGAGGGUAUCAAUACCAGCUGUGGCAGUGUGGGGGAGAAUUGCUCCCUCUCACAGCAUCACUGCCAUUAUGAUUACAGAUGACCAGCAGACUAUUGUUACAGGAAGUCAAGAGGGGCAAAUAUGUCUCUGGGAUCUUUCAUCAGAAUUAAAGAUUUCAUCUAAAGAAAUUCUUUUUGGCCAUACUGCUUCUGUAACUUGUUUGGCAAAGGCAAGAGAAUUUGAGAAACAGCCAUAUGUAGUGAGUGCUACUGAAAAUGGGGAGAUGUGUGUUUGGAAUGUCACUAGUGGACUGUGCAUUGAGAAAACAAAGCUUCCUUAUAGGCAUACAGCAAUCUAUUAUUACCAUUGCUCAUUCCGAAUGACAGGUGAAGGCUGGCUUCUUUGUUUUGGAGAAUAUCAAGAUGUUCUUAUUAUUGAUGCUAAGACUUUGAGUGUUCUGCACACUUUGUCUUCUCAGUCUUCUGAUUGGAUAAAUUGUAUGUGUAUUGUUCGCUCUGCAAGAAUUCAAGAAGACUCAUUGGUUGCUGUGUCUGUAACUGGAGUUCUUAAAGCGUGGGACCUAUCUUCGUCUUUGACCAGCAUACAGGAGAGGCAAAAUGUGUGUGAAAAGGAAUCCAAGUCUCUGGACUGUAUGAACUGCCGAGCAAUAAGGUUUUGCACUUACACAGAAAGGCUCCUUCUGGUUGUGUCUUCCAUAUGCUGGCAGGUCUAUGAUUAUUGUGAUUUCUCCUUGCUGUGUACUGAGUUCUGUAAGAGUGGUCAGUGCUUUGCUGGUGGAGAAGUACUAGCAGCUUACAGGCUUAUCAUCUGGACAGAAGAUGGUUACAGUUACAUCUACCAGCUGCUAAACAGUGGACUUUCCAAAAGCACGUAUCCUGCAGAUGGGAAGAUGCUGAAAGAAACUGUUUAUCCUCAUUUACUCUGCUUUACUGAUGUGAAGGAAAAUAAGAGUUUCCCUUUUGUCAUGGGCUUUAUGAAUGAAAGGAAGGAGCCUUUCUAUAAGAUUCUUUUUUCCGGUGAAGCUUCAGGAAGAAUCACUUUAUGGCAUGUUCCUGAUGUUCCUGCAUCAACAUUUGAUGGUUCGCCAAAAGAAAUCCCAAUUUCAACAACAUGGACUCUUCAAGAUAGUUUUAAUAAAGCCCAUUCAAUGUCAGAGGGCAUUAUAGAUCAUCUUUGUGAGUUUAAAGAUGGAAUUGAAAAUGCAGUUGUGACUUCCUCUGUGUACAUACCCCGUCUGGAUAAGCUUGUGUGUGGAUGUGAAAAUGGGGAAAUUUUCAUAACGCUCGGUCUAGAAACUGCAAGAGCAAGAUUUCUAGAAAAUGUGUCUUUGAAAGGUAAUCUACCUCAUAAAGUUUUGAAUGGUCAUAGUAGCAGAGUUACAUGUUUACUUUAUCCACAUGGUAAUUCAGUAAGGUUUGAUCCCAGCUGGCUGUUAUCAGGGGGCCAGGAUUCUACUGUGAUCUGUUGGGAUAUAUUUACUGGAAAAAUCUUGCACCGAUUUAGUCUGCAAUCUGGUCCAGUGACAGAGCUAUUGAGAUCUCCAGACAACUGCAAAUUGCAGUAUCAUAGUGUAGUGUGCUGUGUGUGUAGUGAUCAUUCGGUAGCAGUUCUACACCUUCAGAAGAAAGUUUGUCUCUUACAUGCCAGAAAGCAUCUGUUUCCUGUGAAGAAGAUAAAAUAUGACCCCACUGAAAAUCUGCUAAUUGUUGGGUGUGAAGAUGAUUCGGUUUAUGUUUGGGAAAUUGAAACAGGUAAUAUCAGGUUAUUUGCUCACUUUAAGUUUUGUCUGUGAUGUUUAUGAACAUCUUAGAUUAAUUAGGGAGGUUAAAAUUUCUAUACUCUUCAAGGUAUGUCACUAAUAUAAUAGCUUACCUAUAGCUGGUUAUAUAGAAAUUUAAGUCAGAUUCUGAUGACUGAAUGAUUAGCUGGUAUUGCAGUGAAUUGAGCUCAGCAGUCAUUAAUAAAUACAAGCAUUUUUAUAGAGAUUAUGGUGUUUGAAGAUGCUACCAGCCUCUAACUGUUCCAUCUACAUUUUUUUCCUCUUUUAAAAUUGAUGGUGAAAACAGUAUGUAAUUUAGGUGGGAGAAAUUGUGAUGUAGAAUGUUUUCCUGGUUUAAUACAUAACUAAGAAAGGCACUUCUCAAAAUCAUCACGUGAAUAGGCUGUAUAUAAAAACUUGAGUCUGAGAUGUCCCUAAAGGUCAUUUAAAAUUCAUUGAAGAUUUAGUUGCAUUUGAAAUUGUAGUAGAGCUUGGAAAUGUGACAAAGAACCACAGAUCUUCUUCUAUUGUUUCCUUAUUAAUCUCUUCUUAUCAUUGCUAUCAUUUUAACAUGUUUUGCAUCAGUUAGUCUGUAUCACCUUUCUAUCACCAUACAGUGACUAAAGCAGCCCAAGAAGUUAAGAUGCUUCAAGGGAGAUGAUUAUAUCUCAGUUGCAAUUUUAUUCCAGUGUGACUAGGAUGAUAUCAUACAAAAGUACAGUGAAUUAUUUGUAAAUCAGUGGGACUUAGUACCAUAGGAUUGUACUGGUACCAAGAAUGCAAAAACAGUAUGAAUUGAACUAUCUCUCCUUUAGCCAUGAAAAUGGUGCUCAUUUGACAAGAAGUAAAAUGAAUGCUCACAUGUUAUGUAUUCUAAAUGGUCAACAUGAUUAAAAAUACGUUAAAUUACUGUUUCUGUAUCUUGUUGCCACUGGCUAGAAUGAGGGCUGCAAUCACUACUUUUAAGGAAUGUGUGGAGCAUCAGAGGUGCAGUUAUUUGCUGCAUAAGCCUGUAUCAACUUUCUUUUUUAUUCCACUUCUGCACUGGUAGCUGAAAAAUGCCAUCUAAGCCAACCAGGAUAUACUUGCUUUAACGUAAAUUAAAUCUUUAUUACAGGAGAACUUGAGAGGUCAUAGCACUGAUCCUUGAAAUUGGCCUGACCUAGAUCAAGAGCCAUAUAGAUACUUCAGUGUCACUCAGGCAGACAGAGCACUGUUUAGAUGUAUGAGAAUGAUGUAUCAAACGAAACUCAGCAGAAGCAAAGCCUUUUAAUACAGUUUUCAUCUGUCAGUAUUUGAACAGACAGAUGUGCAUGUACCACUUGCAGAAUUGUUUACCUGUGAGUUCCCAGAAAGUUGGGAAAUACUCUUAGCAGUAGCCUUGUGCUCAAAUUCCAUCGUGGAUUUGAACAGGGAAUAGUUUUAGUAGUUUCUGUUGUCAAAAAGUGGUUUGGGUCUUUUUUUCCUCUUUUGACUGUACAGUUAGUUUCAUGACUGAGGCUUUGCCUCUAAAUGGAAGUCAGCAGAGGACCCGAUUUUUGUGUCAGCCUCAUACAUCACUGUUUGCAGUUUAAAAAAAAUACUGAGCACUGUUAUUGUACUAGAGAUAAUGGAUAACUGGGAAAACAGCCAGUCUGCUUAUAAUUUGGGGAUGUGAAAUAAGGAAUCUCUAUGAAUAUUUCAGUAUUUACACUGCUGUAGAGUCAGCAGUAACUCUGAAUUUGACAAAUGACUUCACAAAAAUUCAGGGACUUUUAGUACCUGUGAUAGUUGUUCAGCUAUACCACUUUAGCUUCAGAGCUGUCCUAUCAGAUAAUUAAGAAAACAAAUCCUUGAGCAAAUGAAAGCCUUUAUUAUAUAUUACAGUUUAUCUUCUAAAUUUCAAUGAGAUACUGAUGGCUGAUACUUUUUUCAAAAAGUAUUCUGAAGUUAAAUUUAAGGCACUUCUUAGCAAGUGUACUUUAGUUUCUUGUAUGGAGUUGGAAAAACACUGUCAUAUAGAUUAAAAUCUAACUCAGCAUUUAUGUGUGCAGCCUGUAUCCAUCUCUUUGUUAACCUGUCAAAGAUUUUAUUUUGCCUCAUAAACGAUAAGCAAUCUCUGAGUAUGACGGGUUCCCUAUAUUAUUCCAAAUAGUCAUUUGAGGAUGGCUUAUGUUGGAAUGCAUUAAAUGACAAGAGUAUAGUUAACUUCAGUUGGAAUUCAUCUGAACUAGGGACAUACAUUUAUGCUUAUAAAUAUAAUCUAGUAACUAGCAGCUAGUAGCUUAGGCUGUGUCUUUAAUGUUUAGGAGGAAUUAGGAAUAAGUAGAAGGGCUUAUCUUUUCUCCGUUGACUACAAGGGGAGCAUGAAGAAGAGGGGGUGAAAACAAAUUUCUUGCUGCUACUAUUAAGAGACUCCAAUAAGAUGAACUGAAUCUCAUUUUAAGUACUUUUGAUUUACUGAAUAAAGUGAAAUUAUUGUAAGUUUAAAUGUUGCUGCUGAACGUGCAUGUGGUUAGUGAUAUGGAAAAUGAAAUAGAUGUUAUGAACUAGUAUUUGUGUAGGCAAACAUUUUGCCUACAUUUUAAUAUAUGGAUAUGGUAAGUUCCCGUUAAAGUAGAAUAUUUUCCAUGACAAUAAAUAUCGAUCUAAUAAUACAUAUGGAAUAUUAAUAUAGCAUGUGCACAGGGUAUGUUCCAAACUUGUGUGCUGGAAGAUGAAUAUGAAAAUCAAUAACAAAUUUUGUUCUAAUUAAAGUGUAAAAUAUUUCUUCCAAUAGCCACCACUUGAAGUCCACUUCAAUAAGGAAAUUAGCUGUAAUCUAUAUAGCUCUUAUGUUUUUCUGAGCAGUUGAUAUAUUUGAGAUUUUUUUAAAAAAGGUAAUUGGUAUAAGAUGUAACAACAGGAUCAUGUUUUCUUUCUUGGUUAAAAAAAAAAUCAUGUGGAAACCUGCCAAUGGAGCUACAUCUUUGUCUAAUACACACUGAGAGCAAGGAAAUAGUAGGUAGACUUCAAAGAGGGAUCUUCUUUGUUUUGAGGUAGCAAAGCAAUCCUCAUUUAUCAGAGGUAGGUUUAGUUUUGACUUUAAUGUGAUUAUAUUCAUCAUUCUUGUAGAAUGUAACCUCCAGUAAUUUACUAUAUUUUAUUCUGCCUUGCAAGUCUUGCUUUAUUUUAUUGUUCAAUUAUGUGCUUAUUGUGAGUUUAAAAUAGAAUAAUAUAAUUAAAUCGGACCUUUUGCUCUGUUAUUAUAGUUAUAGAGAAAGACUGUGUUUCUGCUAAUGGCAAUGAUGAUUUUACUUGUUUGCUUUUACUAGUUGCUUGAAAUAUGGGCUGUUGGGAAAUAAAAUUUGUAACGUAAUAUUUGACUAUUUUGUUUAUGACUAACUUUACAUCUGAAACUGUUUAUGGAUCUG